UGGUCUGAGGGAAGCAAGAGAAACAGAGAGAUAGGGAGAGAAAAUAAAAGUGGGGAAGCAAAGAGAAGCAGGCUCCUUCUGCAUUGUAUGGAUUCCAUAUUGGCUCAAGGAGGGGCUUGAUGAGGGAGGGGCACUGGAGACUCCUGGUGAAAUACAGAGAGAGUGAGGGAGAGGAGACAGGAGGAGGGUGGGUGUGUGAUGUGCGGAGGAUCCACUGAACCUGAGUGACGGCGCUUUGGUUGGAGGGCUUUGGAGAGGUGACUCGUCUCAGUGCUUCCUCUGUGUUGCCAUGCUUAGCAGAGAUGCCUGAUGCGCUUGGAGGACAGAGGUGCCCCAGGAGUCAGAGACAGGGGCGUGAUGGACAUUUCCUCAUAUCCACCCGGGCUCCUGCUUGCUUCUCCUCCUGAUCCCCUCCAGCCCUCCUCAUCAGCGAGGCUGUGCUCUCUGAACGGAUGGUGCCGUCCAUACGCAUGUGAGGCUCUCCCUUGAUUUUGGCUUGACUGCAUUAUGGUUUUGGGUUCCCAUGCCAUGCUGCUAAUGAAUUUUCACCUGCCCAUUAAAGAGCAGCUCUUCCUCUCAUUCUUGAUGACGUAAUCUUCAGGGCACUUCUUAUUCUAAUCUGAAUCAAGGUUUUUUUUUUGUUUGCUGCAAUUGAAUGGACUCAAAAGGAUGGACUGAUCAGCACUCAAGUAUGGGAUGCAGAAAAUGAAAACGAGGCUGAGUAGAGAACUGCCAUCAAGAGGGAUUUGUCGGACGUGAUAAUGAAGAUGUGUGCCUGAGAAGCGGUUUGCAUCUGCAGUGAUAGCUUUAAAUUAGCUGUUUCCAGGAACAAAAGAGCUGCUUGGGCUGUGCUGCCAGAGAGAGGAUAGAGUUUCAUUCAAACAUCGAAGAAAGAUGAAGCUUAGCUAAAAAAUCUGGAGCUAAAAUAAUAAAAAAAAACUUUGAAGCAGGAAUUUUGGGGAAUGGAUGAAACUGCUGUUGAGUCUUCCAAGGAGAAACUUUCUCUUCCUCAAUGUAAGUUUUUUUUGUCUCUGUUGUGCUUUGGGAAUCCUCCAUACCUCAACAAAUUGGCAAACUCCUUCAUGCUCUUCUGUCUAGUUUCAUUCAUUUUCUUGGAAUCUACUGAAGCCUGACCACAUGAGUGGAGGAGGCACCCUGCAGCAGCGCACCACCUACCUCAUCUCCCUCACCUUGGUUAAGGUAGAGGCUGUAGAGGAGAAUGGAGGGGAGGCCAAGAAGAGCACCCAGGAAAAGGAGGUGGAAGCCAGCCGGGAGAGAAGCUCUGGGGAAGAGGUCGAGUCUGAAGCUGAAGUUUCAGUACCAGCUGAGAAUGGAGCAAGUGUGGUUGAAGGGGAACCACAAAGAAAUCAGGAGACUAAGAUUGAUGAAUCUAAGGGUAAAGAGAGAAAGCCUCUCAGUCCUCGGAGAGAUGUCAUAGAUGCUGCAGGUAAAGCUCCAGAAAAACCGCCACGAUCCACGAACCUCUCGAUCCCCUUACCUGCUGAGAGAGGGACAAUUCAGCAAACAAAAUCUGCAGAUGCGGUUGAUUCAAUGCAAUGCCGGUCUCCAUCACUGAACACCACGCCAACAGAACUGGUUGAACCCUGCCGCACUCCAACCAGGACAAGCCUACCCAUCCGUCCAGUAGGACAGCGACCUGUGAGCCUGCUAAAGUCUCACAGCAGCGUGGCCACACGAGGCCGAGACUCCAGGGAUGGUCGAGAGCGCAGCCCAACCUCGGCCCAGAGCCUCGAUCGCAAGGACUGCCGUGUGACGACACGGUCACCAGGCCCUUGCAGGGCCUCAUGGGCUGAGACAAGUAGGCCCGAAGCUUGGAGAGAUCUAAGGGACGAGACUGGGAUGUCUCUGGACAUUGGCGGGGGUGGGACUGCAGUGAUGAGAGACAUCCCUAGGAAGGAUCGACUGAAGACCGGGUCAGCCUCCUUACCUGCCCCUGCUAACCAAGUCCCUAAACCAGCACGCAAAGGUAAAAGCCGCACGCUGGACAACAGCGACUUGAACAGCCUUUCCGAGGACCUGGCUCUGGCCAGGGACUGUCAGCAAGUGCAGCAGGGCCAACGGGGCUCGGCCAAGGACAGAAAAAUGCUCAAAUUCAUCAGUGGCAUUUUUACAAAGAGCAGUUCAGGUGCAGCAGGGCCAACAUCCACAGCACCCCCUGUCUACAUACAGAGAGAUUCCAGUGAGGAGGAAGUAAAUAUCGCCAACAGUCAGGAGUGGAUGCUGAGCCGAUCCAUCCCGGAGCUGAGACUGGGUAUUCUAGGCAGCCUGAAAAGUGGAAAGUCGGCCCUGGUGAACAAAUACAUCACAGGCAGUUAUGCUGCUAUUGAGAAGCCUGAUGGGGGAAGGUAUAAAAAGGAAGUUCUGGUGGACGGUCAGAGUCAUCUGUUACUGAUCCGGGAGGAAGCUGGAGCUCCUGAUGCACAGUUCUGCAGCUGGGUGGAUGCAGUGAUCAUGGUGUUCAGCUUGGAGAAUGAAGCUAGUUUCCAGGAGCUUUACCAGCUCUACAGUCAGCUCAGUGCACACCGCUCUGACAUCCCAGUCAUUGUUGUUGGAACCCAAGAUAAAAUAAGCAGCACCAACCCUCGAGUGAUCGAGGAUCAGAGAGCCAGGCAGUUGUGCAUCGAUGUCAAACACUCGCUGUUUUAUGAGACCUGUGCCACCUAUGGGUUCAACGUCGACAGAGUCUUUUCAGAGGCUGCCCAGAAAAUCGUAGCCCUGAAGAAACAGGCAGCACUGCUGGCCUGUAAAUCUCUGCCCAACUCUCCAAGUCACUCUGGAGGCUCCACACCUGGAUCUGCAUCACUUCCUGGACAGGCCAGUAAUGGCCCCAGUAGCAGCUACGCCUGCUCCCUCCCCUCCACCCCUGUGGUGGGUCACAGAGAUCUGAGGCCCACUCAGGCGGAUGGGGGCGGCAGCUCGCGUCUGAGGACCAUCCCCAGGCGGCCCUCCCUGUUUAAGAACCGGGACACAGAUAAAAAAUCAGGUGAUUCGAAGGGGGACCAGAGCAGCGCGCGGGGUGUUGCUCUAAAACAGGGCGUCCUGUUCAAGAGAAGUGGCAACUCUCUGAAUAAGGAGUGGAAGAAGAAAUACGUCACCCUGUCCAACAAUGGCACGCUGUCUUAUCACUCCAGCUCCAGUGACUACACCCAGAAUAUCCAUGGGAAGGAGAUCGACCUGCUGCGUGUGACGGUCAAAGUUCCAGGGAAACGUCCUCCCAGAGCCGUGGCACCUGCCGGCCCCUCACCUGUGCCCCCAGUGGCUUUACCUGGAGUUAACGGGCUUAGCAAGGAACCGGCAGCAGCUGAUGGCACCAGUACAGUUCCUCAGUUGUGUCCUUCCACUCUGUCUGUUGCCGAUGACCGGCCCGGCGCUUUGUCUCCUCAAGGGGGCGAGAAAGGACUUCAGCGCUGCCCUUCAUCACUGUCCGCUAAAGCACAAAGUGUUGAUGGCCUUGAAGGGACCGCCGGUCCAUUUGCCGGAAAAGAUCCCGGCCAAGCGUCUCCCAUGAGUGACAGGAAGAAAAACAGGAGGAAGAAAAGCAUGAAUCAGAAAGGGGAUGCAGCUGUUGGCCAAGCUGAGGCCAAACGCAAAAUGUGGAAAUUAAAGAGCUUUGGUAGCUUGAGAAACAUUAAUAAGACAGAGGAGGAGAAUGCAGACUUUAUUAUAGUUUCCUUCACUGGCCAAACAUGGCACUUUGAGGCUCAGAGCCUGGAGGAGAGGGACUCAUGGGUGACGGCUAUAGAGAGCCAGAUCCUGGCCAGCCUGCAGUCCUGUGAGAGCGGCAGAAAUAAGGCACGGCGGAGUAGUCAGAGCGAGGCUGUGGCCCUGCAGGCCAUCCGGAACACCAAAGGAAACAACCUGUGUGUGGACUGUGAAGCAUCGAAUCCUACCUGGGCCAGUCUCAACCUGGGGGCCCUCAUCUGCAUCGAGUGCUCGGGGAUCCACCGGAACCUUGGGACUCAUCUGUCCCGCGUUCGCUCUCUGGACCUGGACGACUGGCCAGGGGAGCUCACGCAGGUUCUGGCUGCCAUCGGAAACCACAUGGCAAACAGCGUGUGGGAGAGCUGCACACAGGGCCGAACCAAACCCACUCCGGCGGCAACGCGAGAGGAAAGAGAGUCCUGGAUCCGAGCGAAGUAUGAGCAACGGGCCUUUGUGGCGCCCCUUCAGCUCGCCUCAGAGGACAGCAGGCCGGCGUCGCUUCUGUCUGCAGUGACCGACAGGGAUCUGCCCCGGCUGCUGCUUCUCCUGGCCCACAGCACCAAGGAGCAAAUCAACACCCAGCUGGCCGCAACGCCGUCGCCUCCUCGCACGGCUCUGCACGCUGCCUGCCAACUGGGAGAUGUGGUCAUGACACAGCUGCUCGUCUGGUAUGGAAUUGAUGUGAAAGCAAAGGACAGCCAAGGCCAGACGCCAAUGAUGAUUGCCAGAAAAACAGGAAGCAAAGGCUGCAUGGAUAUUUUGCUCCAACACGGAUGCUCCAAUGAGACAUCCCCCACUGCCGCCACUCCGGUCCUCUCCCGCCGUUCCAGCACUGCCAGCCUGGGGCGAACCGGCUCCAGGAAGUGGGUAUCGUAGCCCGGACUGAUGACGGCGCUUUAACAGCCUGGAGGAUGGCCAGAGUUUAGAGAUUUUUGUUAAAAAGUGGAGCAAGCUGUGGUGCCACAACACGGCGGGACUAAAAGAACAUAAUACAAAGAAUAUAAUUAAAAACAAAAAAAAAAAUGACUAAAGACUGAACAUAUCAAACACGAAAGCAAUAUUCAUCCAGUGAGUCAAUCACAAACAUAUUGCUGAAAUACUGUCCUGUAGAAAUGUCUUCUGUCAUUCUUAGCACAGCCCGUCUGUCUGCUUGUCACUUCCUCCUGAUGAAGUGCAAUAAUCCAUCUGUGACGAUGAAGAGCAACAGUUUAAGGUGUGGACUGUGGCAGCAGAAAGUGCGCUCAACAUCCAAUGAUUUUCUUCCAAUUUUGUUGUGACUGGACCAAAUUUUUGUUGUUGUUUUUUCUCAUGCUUUAAGAAUGAAACUUGAACCUCUAAAAUGGCGCAAUCUCAGUCAGUUCAGCAGAAAUAAACAGUUUCAGCAGCGAAAACACAGCUUGAUCCAGAUGCAGAAUCCAUGAAAUGCCCGCGAAGUUCAAGCAAAAGGACUCAGCUUUGUAAAAAA